UGUGGGGAGCGUCACAAUGACGUGACAUGUAGCUACCCUCGUGACCACCUCCCUGUCACACGGGCUACGCGUCCUUACUAUACACACUUGCUUUUAGACCACUACCAUGGAACCUUCGUACCGCAUUAUUCCACCUUCACAAAUCAAAACUGCAUCCAUAAGUGAUACUGCAGGUAGUCUAGGCCUCCAUGACACCCUCGGGGGCGAGUUCGAGGAUCGUAUUGCAAAGUGGGAAGAGACGCAGGACAACGCGAGGCUACACAUGUUGGCCAAUCUGUACGGUCCCAGUGCACCUAUGAGGUUACUUAUGGAACGCCAGAUUGUGUCCGCUAGCCCUCAUAUGCCUGGCAUGCCACAGUCAAACAUACAUCUUGACAUCCUGAUGGGUCGGGAUGAGACUCUAGACUCAACCGACUUCUUCCUCGGCAUGGAAAGUGGUCCAGCGUUAAGCAUUCACAACGAUAUGGAAAAGAAACUCCGACUGUAAUCUUAGACUGUUGUAAUACCUGUUUUCCCGUAAUGUCAUAACUUCAAUGACUUGUAAG